AUGUCCGCACCAGGCGGCGGCGGCGCCUACUCGUUCUCCCUCACCACCUUCUCGCCCUCGGGCAAGCUCGUCCAGAUCGAGCAUGCUCUUGCGGCCGUGGCUGGCGGUACCACCUCGCUGGGCAUCAAGGCGACUAACGGUAUCGUCCUCGCGACCGAGAAGAAGGACACCUCGGCGCUCCUUGACACCACCAUGAUUGAGAAGGUGGCCACCAUCUGCCCCAACAUUGGCUUUGUGUACUCUGGCAUGGGCCCCGAUUUCCGCGUUCUCGUUGCCAAGGCGCGCAAGAUUGCGCAGGCGUACUGGAAGGUGUAUGGCGAGUACCCCCCGACCAAGGUGCUGGUCCAGGAGGUCGCUGCGGUGAUGCAGAAGGCGACACAGUCGGGUGGUGUCCGUCCUUACGGUAUCUCUCUUCUCAUCGCCGGAUGGGACGCGCACCGUGGCCAGUCGCUGUACCAGGUCGACCCCUCGGGCUCGUACUGGGCGUGGAAGGCUAGCGCGAUCGGCAAGAACAUGGUCAACGGCAAGACGUUCCUCGAGAAGAGGUACAACGACGACCUCUCCCUCGAGGACGCGAUCCACACUGCGCUCCUGACCCUCAAGGAGGGCUUUGAGGGCCAGAUGACCGCCGAGACCAUCGAGAUUGGUAUCGUCACCGUCCCCACUGCGGAGCAGCAGAUCGCCAAGUCGGGCGAGCGCCCCCCUCCCACUUUCCGCAAACUCACCGAGCAGGAGGUUCGCGAUUACCUCUCCCUGUAG